AUGAGAUACGUGCGUGGGCAUACACUAGUGCGAUUUGCAUAUUCCCUCAAGGUAGUUUUGGUGUUCAUUCUAAGCAUAGCAUCGCUCAUCAUCUACUUCAUUGACGCAUCCAGUGAGGAGGUGGAGCGAUGUCAGAAAUGGAGUGACAAUAUAACACAGCAAAUUGACCUUGCCUUUAACAUAUUUUUUAUGGUCUACUUUUUUAUACGAUUUAUAGCAGCUAGUGACAAACUGUGGUUCAUGCUCGAGAUGUAUUCAUUUGUAGAUUAUUUCACGAUACCCCCAUCAUUUGUAUCAAUAUACCUGGAUAGAACAUGGAUAGGGCUAAGGUUUCUCCGAGCUCUACGCUUAAUGACCGUGCCUGAUAUUUUGCAGUACCUCAAUAUAUUAAAGACAUCAAGCUCAAUUCGGUUGGCGCAAUUAGUUUCUAUAUUUAUAUCAGUGUGGCUUACUGCAGCCGGUAUUAUUCAUUUGUUGGAAAAUUCUGGUGAUCCGCUAGAUUUCGAGAAUGCGCAAUCGUUGUCAUAUUGGACUUGUGUUUACUUUCUCAUAGUCACAAUGUCCACAGUAGGUUAUGGUGAUGUGUUCUGUCGAACAGUACUUGGCAGAACAUUUUUGGUUUUUUUUCUCCUCGUCGGCUUGGCAAUGUUCGCUAGUAGUAUUCCUGAAAUUAUAGAGCUGGUAGGAAGUAGGUCCAAGUACAGUGGCGAGCUGAAGCGUGAACAUGGAAAAAGGCAUAUAGUUGUAUGUGGACAUAUUACGUACGAAUCGGUGAGCCAUUUUCUAAAAGACUUCCUACAUGAGGACAGGGAGGAUGUGGAUGUUGAGGUGGUUUUUUUACACAGAAAAGAGCCUGACCUUGAGCUGGAAGGUCUACUGAAACGUCACUACACCACCGUCGAGUUUUUUCAGGGCACAAUGAUGAAUGCCGUGGACCUUGAGAGAGUCAAGGUGCAUGAAGCUGACGCGUGCUUGGUGCUAGCUAACAAAUACUGCCAGGAUCCUGAUGCUGAAGAUGCAGCCAACAUCAUGAGGGUCAUCUCCAUCAAGAAUUACUCCGAUGAUAUUAGGGUCAUCAUUCAACUGAUGCAGUACCACAAUAAGGCCUACCUAUUAAACAUUCCGUCGUGGGACUGGAAGCAAGGAGACGAUGUCAUUUGCCUGGCGGAGCUGAAACUGGGUUUCAUCGCGCAGAGCUGCCUCGCGCCGGGCUUUUCGACUAUGAUGGCGAAUCUAUUCGCUAUGAGAAGUUUUAAAACAUCAAAGCAAAUGGUAAGAUGGAAAAAUGACUAUCUGAGGGGAACUGGUAUGGAGAUGUACAAGGAGAUAUUGAGUACAGCAUUUUCGCCAGACACGCAGGCAUGGCAGAACGAUUACCUGCAAGGAACUGGAUGUGAGAUGUACACAGAAAGCCUGUCGACAUCCUUCACCGGAAUGACAUUUGCCCAAGCAAGCGAACUAUGCUUUACCAAGCUAAAGUUGUUGCUCCUGGCGAUAGAGAUCAAAGGUGAAGAAGGUGCGGACAGUAAGAUAUCAAUAAACCCCAGAAAUGCGAAGAUACAUGCGAAUACUCAAGGGUUUUUCAUUGCACAAUCCGCUGAUGAGGUUAAAAGGGCGUGGUUUUACUGCAAAGCGUGCCACGAAGACAUUAAGGAUGAAACACUCAUCAAAAAGUGCAAAUGCAAAAACUAUGUCGGAAUGAUGAUGAUGCAGACCGGGAUGGUGAAACAAAAUCUUAAUACAUAUCGAAGUGUUCCUGACGUGGCUACAUUCAGGAAGGGCGUCCGAGCCGUCCAGAUGGUGGGCCGGGCAAAUGACCACCAUCCUCCCCCCACCUUCACGCCGCCAGAGUUGCCCAAGAAGGUCCAUGUUCGAGGUGAAGUCGCCCGAGAUCGGGGAGAGGAUAUUAGCUUGAUAAAUCGCAAUCACCGUAGCGCGGCCCCAACUGCUCUGCUGUCCCCAAUGGCCAACCAGCUCAUGAACUCCACCACCACGAGACAAGUGAAUAAGGUUAAGCCCAACGUAACAAGAGCUCCGCCUGAUACGAAUCAGCCAGAGCAAGAUACCAAUUACCAGGCCUAUCACCUUGCCUACGAAGUGAAAAAACUCAUGCCCACAAGUCGGAAUAGCGGAGGCAAUCAGAAUAGUAAUGGAGUCAGUCUGCCCGCUGGUAUGGCAGACGACCAGUCAAAAGACUUCGAUUUCGAAAAGACUGAGAUGAAAUAUGACUCGACUGGAAUGUUCCAUUGGAGUCCUGCCAGAAAUCUAGAAGAUUGUAUAUUAGAUAGAAACCAAGCCGCCAUGACAGUACUGAAUGGUCACGUGGUGGUAUGUUUGUUCGCGGACCCGGAUUCGCCACUCAUCGGUCUUAGGAACCUGGUUAUGCCGCUGCGUGCCUCGAACUUUCACUAUCACGAACUAAAACACGUGGUCAUCGUGGGUAGCGUCGAUUAUAUACGACGGGAAUGGAAGAUGUUGCAGAAUCUGCCAAAAAUAUCUGUUUUGAACGGUUCACCGCUAAGCCGGGCUGACUUGCGUGCAGUGAACGUGAACCUGUGUGACAUGUGCUGCAUCCUGUCAGCGAAGGUGCCAUCCAACGAUGAUCCAACGCUGGCUGACAAGGAAGCUAUUCUGGCUUCGUUGAACAUCAAGGCGAUGACCUUCGAUGACACGAUAGGCGUGCUCAGUGCUGGGGUGAACGGAUCUAAUGCUGCGCCAGCGCCGCCAGGGGCUUCACCCGCGCCAGUUCUGCUGCAGCGAAGGGGCUCCGUCUAUGGCGCUAAUGUGCCUAUGAUUACCGAGCUGGUUAACGAUAGCAACGUGCAAUUUCUGGAUCAAGACGACGAUGAUGACCCAGACACAGAACUCUAUCUCACGCAGCCUUUCGCCUGCGGAACAGCCUUCGCUGUCAGUGUGCUAGAUUCGCUUAUGUCAACUACGUAUUUCAACCAGAACGCACUGACUUUAAUCAGAUCGCUAAUAACUGGUGGGGCUACGCCCGAAUUGGAACUGAUCCUCGCGGAAGGAGCCGGCCUUAGGGGCGGGUACUCCACAUCGGAGAGUUUAUCAAACAGGGACCGUUGUCGUGUAGGCCAAAUUUCGCUUUACAACGGACCGUUAGCCGAAUUCGGCGAGGCUGGCAAGUAUGGAGACCUUUUUGUCGCGGCUUUACAAAAGUACGGGAUGCUGUGUAUCGGCCUCUACCGGUUCAGAGACACCUCAUCGUCAUGUGACGCCUCCAGCAAGCGAUACGUCAUCACCAACCCGCCUGAUGAUUUCUGCUUGCUACCUACUGAUCAGGUGUUCGUCCUAAUGCAAUUCGACCCCGGCGUCGAGUACCACUCGUCGCACCUGGCUGCCACAGCCGGGGCCAAAGACGACGCCUCCUGA